AUGGAAAAACUAUUAAAUGAAAAGAAAAAAUUUAUUAGACAUGUUAUAUUAAAUGCGCCUCCCGGAAAAAUCUAUGAUUUAGUAUCAGAUUUAAAAGUACUAUUUGGAUCUAAUCAGUUUAUUCUGAAUUCAAUUAAAGAGGCUAUACUAAAUUAUAAUGAAAAUAAUUAUGCUCUUAUUCCUGUUGGAGAAAAUGAUUAUAUAAUAACUUGUGAACAAUCAAAAAUUGAUAAUUCUUAUAUUCACCCAAAAUUAAAAUUAUUAGUCAAUGUUAAUCAUAUGAAAAGAAAAGUAACAUCAAUGAGUGAAUUAAAAGAAUUAAACUAUUCUAAUGAGUUAGAGAAUUAUAGAAAAAUUUGUUAUGAAAAACUAGAAAAAUAUAUUCAAUUACAUUAUUUAAAGUGGAAUGAAAUACAAACAAUAAAUUUUCCUACUGUAAAUAUAAAUUCUAAAAAUGGAUUAAUAGUAAAAUGCAAUUCCUCCGUUUAUGCUUGUGAAAAAGAACAAAAAUUUAACUUGUCUUUUAUCAUAUGUUGUGAUAGACACUAUUUAAAAAAUUUUUAUACUAGUUCAUGGAGAAGCUCGUGGAAUGUUAAUUUUUUACCUACAGAUGAAGAAAUUUUACUAAAUGGUACAAUCGAUAUAGCCCUUACUUAUUUUGAAGAUGCCAGUAUAAAUUUUAAGACUACGAAAACAUUUGAAAAAAAAGUUCAAGAUAUUGAAAAAUUUGCCUCAAACAUUUUAUCCGCUAUAGGUGAAUGUGAAAAUUACACAUUAUAUGAUCUGAAUAAUUUUUUAAUCAAUACAAACAAAGAAUUAAUAAAAAACAUUAGAAAAAUAAUACCAUUAAAUGGAGAGAAGUUUGAUUGGAGAAAUACUCAUCAAGAUAUUCCCAUUCAAAUUAGGUAA